AUGUCUCACGAGGAAGAUCUCAUCGACUACUCCGACGAGGAGAUCCAGACGACUGAUGCGCCCGCCAACGGCAGCGCAGCUGCAAGCAAGGGCGGCGUCACCGCCGGUGAUGCUGCAGGCGACAAGAAGGGCAGCUACGUCGGCAUCCACUCGACCGGUUUCCGCGACUUCUUGCUCAAGGACGAGCUCGUACGAGCAAUCACGGACUGUGGCUUCGAACAUCCUUCCGAGGUCCAGCAAGUUACCAUUCCCCAGGCCAUCCUAGGAAACGAUGUCCUCUGCCAGGCCAAGUCUGGUCUCGGAAAGACUGCCGUCUUCGUUCUCGCAACCCUCCAGCAGAUGGACGAGAAGCCCGAGCCCGGUACCGCCACUAUCCUGGUCAUGUGCCACACUCGCGAGUUGGCCUACCAGAUCCGCAACGAGUACAACCGCUUCGCCAAGUUCUUGCCUGACGUCAAAGUUGGUGUCUUCUACGGAGGAACUCCCGUUCAGAAGGACAUCGAGCUCCUUAGCAACAAGGAUACCCACCCUCACAUCAUCGUCGGUACUCCCGGUCGUAUCAACGCCCUCGUCCGCGAUAGGCAUCUCCGCCUUGCCAACCUGAAGCACUUCGUCCUCGAUGAGUGCGACAAGAUGUUGGACCAGCCCGACAUGCGCAACGACGUUCAAGCAAUCUUCCGCGCUACACCCCAGCACAAGCAGGUGAUGAUGUUCUCCGCCACCCUCAACAAGGAGGUGCGCGUUGUCUGCAAGAAGUUCAUGCAGAACCCGCUCGAGAUCUACGUCGAUGACGAGAAGAAGUUGACGCUUCACGGUCUCCAGCAGUACUACAUGAAGCUUGACGAGAAGGAGAAGAACCGGAAGCUUAACGACCUUCUCGACAGCUUGGAGUUCAACCAGGUCAUCAUCUUCGUUCGCUCCACCCUGCGCUGCUCCGAGCUCGACAAGCUUCUCCGCGAGUGCAACUUCCCCAGCACUGCUGUCCACUCUGGCAUCAGCCAAGAAGAGCGUAUCAAGCGCUACAAGGAGUUCAAGGAGUUCCAGACCCGUAUCUGUGUCUCCACCGACAUCUUCGGUCGUGGUAUCGACGUCGAGCGCAUCAACGUGGCCAUCAACUACGACAUGCCCGACAAGGCCGAUGCCUACCUCCACCGCGUCGGUCGUGCCGGUCGUUUCGGAACCAAGGGUCUCAGUAUCUCGUUUGUGAGCAGCCCAGACGACGAGGCUGUCCUCAAGUCGAUCGAGGAGCGCUUCCAGGUCGAGCUUCCUGAGUUCCCCGAGGAUGGUAUCAACUCGUCCACCUACAUGGACAACUAA